CCCAGAGGGCCGUGCGCCGCCUUUCUCCGCCGGCCCGGGCGCCGCUCCCCGCUCCUCCCCGGCCAUGGCGUUCACGUUCGCGGCCUUCUGCUACAUGCUGGCGCUGCUGCUCACCGCCGCGCUCAUCUUCUUCACCAUCUGGCACAUUAUAGCAUUUGAUGAGCUGAAGACUGAUUACAAGAAUCCUAUAGACCAGUGUAAUACCCUGAAUCCUCUUGUACUUCCAGAGUACCUCAUCCAUGCUUUCUUCUGUGUCAUAUUUCUUUGUGCAGCAGAGUGGCUCACACUGGGUCUCAAUAUGCCCCUCUUGGCAUAUCAUAUUUGGAGGUAUAUGAGUAGACCCGUGAUGAGUGGACCAGGACUCUAUGACCCUACGACCAUCAUGAACGCAGAUAUUCUAGCAUAUUGUCAGAAGGAAGGAUGGUGCAAAUUAGCUUUUUAUCUUCUAGCAUUUUUUUACUACCUAUAUGGCAUGAUCUAUGUUUUGGUGAGCUCUUAGAACAACACACUGAAGAAUUGGUCCAGUUAACUGCAUGCAAAACGCCACCAAAUGAAGGGAUUCUAUCCAGCAAGAUCCUGUUUCCAAGAAUAGCCUAUGGAAUCUGAUCAGUUACUUUAAAAAAUGACUCCUUAUUUUUUAAAUGUUUCCACAUUUUUGCUUGUGGAAAGACUGUUUUCAUAUGUUAUACUCAGAUAAAGUAUUUAAAUGGAAUUACAUAUAAAUUAAUAUAAAAUGAUUACCUCUGAUGUUGACAGGUUUGAACUUGCACUCCUUAAGGAACAGCCAUAAUCCCUUGAAUGAUUGCAUUAAUUAUUGACUGUCCUUAGUCCAUUGGAA